AUGGAGCAACUGACACCCCUCCCCCGGCCGGGGGACCCCGGAAACAUGGAGCUGUGGGCACUGCCUGCCUGGCAGAGCUGGACUCCAGGCCAGGGGGGCGAACCUGGAGGUACAUCCCCAAGCAUUGCCGAUACUCCGGCAGCUCUUCGUGUUGGAGAAUUGAGGCCUGAGGAGAGCUCCGAGCCCGAGGGAGCCCGAAGCCCCGGGUCUGUGGCGGGCAUCCAGCCUGAAAGAACAGAAACUGGGCUGCCCAGCCCCGGGCCGGGAGCACUGAGCUCUGGACUCAGCUGCCAGAGGCUGGAGGGCAAGGAGGUGGAGGCUUUCUCUAAGGGCAAGCUGAAAAUGGGCUUUGGGGACAGGCCCCGUCUGGAGCUGCUGAGGGCCGUGGGGGAGCUGCAGCAGCGCUGCGCCAUCCUUAAGGGGGAGAACCAGAUGCUGAGGAGGAGCAGCUUCCCCGAGACGGAGGAGAAGGUGCGGACACUGAGGCGGAAGAACGCAGAGCUGGCGGUCAUCGCCAGGCGCCUGGAGGAGGGAGCCCGGAAGCUGCAGGAGACCAACCUGCGGGUGGUGAGUGCUCCCGUGCCCAGUCCAGGGGCCAGCUUGGAGUUGUGCCGGAAGGCCCUGGCCCGCCAGCGAGCCCGGGACCUCAGCGAGACAGCCAGUGCCCUGCUGGCCAAGGACAAGCAGAUUGCUGCCUUGCAGCGGGAGUGCAGGGAGCUGCAGGCCAGGCUCACCCUGGCUGGCAAGGAGGGCCCCCAGUGGCUCCACGUGCGGGACUUCGACCGGCUCCUGCGGGAGUCCCAGCGGGAGGUGCUGCGGCUGCAGAGGCAGAUCGCCCUGCGCAACCAGAGGGAGCCGCCCCCGCCGCCUCGGCCCCCAGGCAGGGCCGCCCCGGCCAGAGCAGCCGCCCCUGCCCCCUCUGCCCCUGGCCAUUUCCAGGCUACGCCCCAGGAGGAUGUGGAAAACCCACCCGCGGUCCUAGGGGAGCCAGAGAAACAGCAGAGGGUGCAGCAGCUGGAAUCAGAGCUCAGCAAGAAGCGGAAGAAAUGCGAGAGCCUGGAGCAGGAAGCCCGGAAGAAGCAGAGGCGAUGUGAGGAGCUGGAACUGCGGCUGAGGGAAGCCCAGAGUGAGAACGCCCGCCUCGCAGAGGAGAACUCUAGCAGGGCUUGGGCCUUGACGCGGGCUCUUGCGUUUCAGCACAUGCGGGAGGUGGCCCAGCGGAGGCAGCAGCUGGAGGCGGAGCAUGAGCAGGCUCGGCUUCGCCUGCAGGAGAAGCAGGAGGAGGUCUGGAGGCUGCAGCAGGCCCAGGCAGAAGCCCAGAGGGAACACGAAGGGGCUGUGCAGCUGCUGGAGUCUACCCUGGAUUCCAUGCAGGUCCGGGUUCGAGAGCUGGAGGAGCAGUGCCGCAGCCAGACUGAGCGCUUCAGCCUCCUGGCGCAGGAGCUCCAGGCCUUCCGCCUGCACCCGGGCCCCUUGGAUCUGCUCACCUCCGCCCUGGGCUACAGUACCCUUGGGGACCGCCCGCCACCCCCCUGCUGCUCCACCCCCCAGCCCUGCCGGGGGUCUGGCCCCAAAGACCUUGACCUCCCGCCAGGCUCCCCAGGGCGCUGCACCCCAAAGUCUUCCGAGCCUGCCCCUGCCACCCUUGCUGGGGGCCCCCGCAGGACGGCCAAGAAGGCAGAGUCUCUCUCCAACUCCUCUCGCUCCGAGUCCAUCCACAACAGCCCCAAGUCAUGCCCCACGCCCGAGGUGGACACAGCCAGCGAGGUGGAGGAGCUGGAGGCAGACAGCGUCUCCCUGCCGCCAGCAGCCCCGGAGGGCAGCCGGGGAGGAGCCAGGAUCCAGGUCUUCCUCGCUCGCUACAGCUACAACCCCUUCGAGGGCCCCAAUGAGAACCCAGAGGCAGAGCUUCCGCUUACCGCUGGCGAGUACAUCUACAUCUAUGGCAACGUGGACGAGGAUGGCUUCUUUGAAGGGGAGCUCAUGGAUGGCCGAAGGGGCCUGGUCCCUUCCAAUUUUGUAGAGCGUGUGUCCGACGACGACCUCCUGACCUCCCUGCCUCCAGAGCUGGCUGAUCUGUCCCACAGUUCAGGCCCUGAACUCAGUUUCCUGAGUGGCGGCGCGGGCGGCAGCAGUAGCGGAGGCCAGAGCAGCGGGGGACGCAGCCAGCCCAGAGCAGAGGAAGAGGCUGCAGGGGACGAGCUCAGGCUGAGCCCCUCGCCCGAGGGCCUGGGUGAGCCCCCUGCCGCGCCUCACCCCCGCUGUCUGGCUGUCCUCAAGCAGCUGGCCCACGGCGUGGUGCUGGCCUGGGAGCCGCCUCCUGAAUGCGUGGAGCUGCGUGGCUACCACGUCUGUGUGAAUGGGGAGCUGCGGCAGGCCCUGGGGCCCGGGGCGCCCCCCACGGCUGUGCUUGAGAAUCUGGACCUGCAGACUGGGCCCCUCCGUGUCUCUGUUCAGGCCCUGACCAGCUGGGGCGGCUCUGACCCUCUGCGCUGUUGCUUGGUGCUAGGGGCCGGGGCUGGGGUGGCACCUAGUCAGCUGCGGGUCCAUCGACUGACAGCCACGUCCGCUGAGAUCACCUGGGCGCCCGGCAAUAGCAACUUGGCCCAUGCCAUCUACCUCAAUGGGGAAGAGUGCCCCUCUGCCUGCCCUAGCACCUACUGGGCCACCUUCUGCCACCUGCGGCCUGGUACACUCUAUCAGGCCAGAGUGGAGGCUCAGCUCCCACCUCGAGGGUCCUGGGAACCAGGCUUGGAGAGGCCAGAGCAACGGGCUGCCACCCUGCAGUUCACCACACUCCCAGCAGGCCCACCUGAUGCCCCCCUGGAUGUGCAGAUUGAGCCAGGGCCCACCCCUGGAAUCUUGAUCAUCAGCUGGCUCCCGGUAACAAUUGAUGCUGCUGGCACCUCCAACGGCGUCCGGGUCACAGGCUAUGCCAUUUAUGCUGAUGGGCAGAAGAUCAUGGAGGUGGCCUCCCCCACGGCAGGCAGUGUGCUGGUGGAGUUGUCGCAAUUGCAGCUGCUGCAGGCGUGCCGCGCAGUGGCCGUGCGCACCAUGUCGCCCCACGGCGAGUCGGCCGACUCCAUCCCGGCUCCCGUUGCCCCCGCCCUGGCUGAGGCCUCCUCGCCAGCCAGGGUCUCCUGCUCCUCCCCACGACUGGGCUCGGAGGCCAGACCGCCCCUUGCUCCAGCCUCCCCGGGGCCUGGAGACCCCAGCUCUCCCCUCCGGUGCCCCAGCCCCCGUGGAACUCGAGAGCCCCCCGGGGGCUCCCCAGCAAGCUGUCCCGGAGAGACACCAAGAGGCUCCUCAGAGGACCCCCCCGUGCCUGGCUCUCAGGAGGAGGCUGGGGCAGCUGUGCUGGGUGCCCCAGGGGGCAGGAAGGCCGGUGAGCCAACCUUGGGAGAGCGAGUUCCUGGCCCUGCAGCUUCCUCCCUGGCCGAGGAGAAGGCUGAGUGGACCGCGGGAGAGGCCCGCCCGGCGCCUGGCUCCACCCAGAGAGUGCUGGCCCAGAGGCUGCCCUGUGCUGAGGCCUGCCGCGCAGGAGACACGGGGCCUGGGCUGAGGCACAGGGCUGAGAGGGAGGACACGGCCGAGCUUGGGGUCCGUCUGGGGAGCGCCCUUGUGGACCACGGCCGCAGCUCAGAUCUGUCAGACAUCCAAGAGGAGGAGGAGGCAGAGGCAGAGGAGCUGGGUGUCAGGACUUGCUCCUUCCAGAAGCAGGGUGCUGGCAACAGCCUCAGGGACAAUGGGGCCAAGCCCGACCCCUUCUGUGAGACUGACAGCGACGAGGAGAUCUUGGAGCGGAUCCUGGAGCUGCCUCUCCAGCAGUUCUGCAGCAAGAAGCUCUUCAGCAUCCCUGAGGAGGAGGAGGAAGAGGACGGAGAGGACGAGAAGAGGCGGGGGGCAGGCCCUUCCUCCCGGAACCCCCCGCCGCCCGAGCCUGCGCUCCUGGGGCUGGGCUGUGACAGCGGUCGGCCCCGAGGGCCUGGCCUAUGUCCUUUGUCUCCCGAGCCCUCCAGGGCUGGGGACCGCCUGGAGGACAUGCCUGGACUAGUUGGUGGCAGCAGCUGGAGAAAAGGAAGUGGCUCCCCCGAGAAGCCCCCCAGCCGCAGGCGGUCCCCAGAUCCCCGUGAGCACUGCAGCCGUCUUCUCAGCAGCGGCGGGUCCCAGGCCUCUGGACGACCAGGCCCCGCCCGGGAGAGGGGCGGCUCCCCCGUGGGCGAGGGCACCAGGGCUGGACCGGAGGCCGGUGGGAGAGGGCGGCCGGCCCCUUGGAGGAGGUGCCCCCGUGGCCCAGCCCCAGAAUCGGGCCUGGCCAGCUGCCUCUCCCCCAAGUGCUUGGAAAUCAGCAUCGAAUAUGAUUCUGAGGAUGAGCAAGAGACGGGCGGCGGGGGCAUCAGCGUCACCAGCUCCUGCUACCUUGGAGAUGGGGAGGCGUGGGGUGCAGCACCCACGGGAAGGCCCAGGGGGCCUCCGAAGGCCAAUUCAGGCCCCAACCCCUACCCACGCCUCCCGGCCUGGGAGAAAGGGGAGCCAGAGCGGAGAAGCCGCAGUGCAACUGGCAGAGCCAAGGAGUCACCCUCCCGGGCAACAGAGACUGGGGAGCCCAGAGGGCAGGACGGCUGUGGGCGGAGGGGCCCCCAGCGGAGAGGGGGCCGGGCCCCCAGGCCAGGCUCCGCGGAGCUGGCCCCUCCGGGGAGCCCUCCAGAAGAAGCACUGGCUUACCAGGACCUACCUGUCAGGGUCUUUGUGGCUCUGUUUGACUAUGACCCCGUGUCAAUGUCUCCCAACCCUGAUGCCGGGGAAGAGGAGCUCCCCUUCCAGGAGGGCCAGAUCCUGAAGGUGUUUGGGGACAAGGAUGCCGAUGGCUUCUAUCGGGGUGAAGGCGGGGGCCGGAUGGGCUACAUCCCCUGCAACAUGGUGUCCGAGGUGACUGCGGACAGUCCUGCAGGGAGACAGCAGCUGCUCCAGCGGGGCUAUUUGUCCCCAGAUGUUCUCGUUGAGCGUUCAGGGAGCGGUCCCUUUGUCUACUCCACAGCUCGCACAGCUGGGCCUCCCCCCAAGCCCCGCCGCUCCAAGAAAGCUGAGUCGGAAGGCCCUGCCCAGCCCUGUGCAGGCGCCCCCCAGCCGGUCUCCUCUGCUGGCCUGAAAGCUCCCUGCUCCAUGGUGGCUGCAUUUGACUACAACCCCCGGGAGAGUUCCCCAAACAUGGAUGUGGAGGCAGAGCUGCCCUUCCGGGCAGGGGACGUCAUCACUGUGUUCGGGGGCAUGGACGAUGAUGGUUUCUACUAUGGGGAACUGAAUGGACAGCGGGGCCUGGUUCCAUCCAACUUCUUGGAGGGCCCUGGGCCUGAGGCAGGCGGCUCAGACAGGGAGCCCGGGACACCCCCGGCCGAGGGGCAGCCCUGGGCCAGCUCAACCCAAGGGCCCCUAGCGCCCCCAGGCUGGCCCUGUGCUCCCGGCCCUGGCCGCUUCUCCGGGAUUGAAUGGGGGGCACCACAGGGCCCGAGCAAGAAGGUGUGGGGUCUCCUCUCCAAGGGGAAGCAUCUCAGGAAACUGGGCUCUGGGAAGAAGGAGCGACGCUGCGGCCCGUCCUGCAGGCCCGAGGCCCCGGCACACCGUCCUGGCUGCUUGCGGAAUGCCCUGGACUCUCGUUCUCCCGAGCCAGCGCUCUGGCACUCGGAUGGGAAUUCUACUCGGUGA